GUCUCUACGUCGCCCGCCAACGUACGAUGAAGGUCAUCGUUGUGCCAGUACUGGAUGACAACUUCGCCUACUUGCUUUCCGAUGCAGCUGGCGUAACAGCAGCUGUUGAUCCAGCCGAGGCUGACAAGGUGCUCAAAGUGGCCAAUGACCAGGGACUGACGAUCAGCAAGGUACUCACCACUCACAAGCACCACGACCAUGCCGGCGGAAAUAACGCCAUCGCCCGCCGAAUUACCGGACUGGAGAUCGUGGGGGGCGAAAUCGAUAGAGUCCAGGGCGCGACUCGCACGGUCAAGGAUGGGGACACACUCCGUGUGGGGGGAAUCUCUGUCAAGUGCAUACACACGUCAGGGCACACCAUGGGUCAUAUCUGCUACUACGCAACGGAGGGCGAGCAGAAGGCCGUCUUUACGGGCGACACUCUAUUCGUAGGCGGUGCCGGAAGGUUCUUCGAGGGUACGCCGGAGGAGAUGCAGCACUCGCUCGGCGACAAGCUCGGAAAGCUUCCUCCCGAAACGCUUGUGUACUGUGGGCACGAGUACACUUCGAGCAACUAUUUGUUCGCCCAGAGUUUGGACCCGGAGAACGAAGAUCUAAAGCGAGAGGUUGCCAUUGCAUCAGAACGCCUCCGCAAAGGCGAGCACACCGUGCCGUCAACAAUUGCGAAGGAGCUCGCAACUAACCCCUUCAUGCGAGCGCAUGAACCAUCGAUUCAAGCUCGGGCAGGGCUCGGAGAUGGAUCGACGACCGCGGCGGUCUUGGGAAAGAUCCGAAAAAUGAAAAAUGCUUUCUGAUUUGAAAUAAUUUAUUGUUGGAGUUCGUCGCGUUGUGUUUUCGUCGAGCUUAACGCCACCUGGAAAUGGGUUAUGGCGUUAUGUUCACGCACCAAUAAAGAGCACAGGACACUGGCGAGAAACUGGCGAGAAUUCGCGCAACUUCGCAGACCUCCGUCGUAACCGAAACUGGCUGUUGCGUGGGUGACGCAGCGGUGGCAUGCUGGAUCCGCGACAUGCCCGCAAACGUUACCCUUGAUAUGGGGAAAUUGUGAGAACUCAUGGUUUGCUAGCCAUCCGGGGCCAGCGGUCUUCAAGCCCGGUCGAGAAAUUGCGAGGAGUUCCUACGGGAUUUGUUUCCCAAUUCAAUUGUGAUUGGAAAGUGUGAACAUGUGUAUAUGUCGGUUUUGAAUUAUUGGUUGAUAUCUGGACUACGCUGGAGUAGUUGGGCCAUAGCCUUGCAUCGCGUCGCCCAGGCAGUCUGGGCCUUUCGAUUAUAAUAGUUGUGAUAACUUCGGGGGGCAUGCUUUGUGAGCUGCUAUCCUUGAUCUGAUUGGCGGAAGCCAUGCCAUGACGUUGCAGCAUCAGCAGCAGUCCGUUCGUGGACGAGCCACACGCGUAGUCGGCCAGUCAUACAUUAGUGUUUGUGGACGGUUAGCAUUUCCGACAAGAUCUUGUAUGUAUGGUUAGCAAUGCUACUUGUGCCAGCCCCUCCUUAUUAACGGGGCAGAAAGACCUGCCGACAGAGAAAGGCACGGUAAUUGUACGCGGUCUUUGCUUGGUCCCGAAUGUAGAGUUCAAGUCGACACGCGAAGCGUGUUAUCGUGUGGCAGAUUUUAAGCCACAGAAUGUGUAUGGACAUAAGAACUAACGCCCGUUGUCUCGAGGCGAAAGACAAGUUAUUGUG